GAGUCGGUUAAGCUAGAGCCAAAAACCCAUUAGCGACGUACCCUUUCGUUCUCAGGCGAUUAGGGUUUUCUCUGCUUCCGCUUCGAUUUCUUCCCAGAGAAACGUACUGAAGGGUUUUAGUGAUUAAAAAAAUGCAAGGGGGAAGAGGUGGCGGGCGUGGUGGUGGUGGUGGUAGGGGUCCUUUUGAUUUCAAUGAUCCUUUUGGUGGUUUCGGUGGAUUUGGGGGGCAGGGGAGUUUGAUGCCUGGCUUCUUUGGAGGGAGGGAUCCGUUUGAUGAUCCUUUCUUUACUCGCCCGUUUGGAGGGAUUUUUGACUCAGGAUUUCCGGGUAUGGGUGGCAGCAUGCUUCCUGGUAUGGGUGGCGGCAUGUUUCCUGGAAUGGGUGGCGGAAUGUUUCCUGGAAUGGGUGGCGGUAUGUUUCCUGGAAUGGGUCCUGGUAUGAAUCGAGGUAUGUUCUCAGGUAUGGGGCCAAGUGGGUUUAUUGAGAAUCAGGCUCAGGCUGCAGUGCCGCAGACAUCUAGGGGUCCAAUCAUUGAGGAGCUGGACUCUGAUCAUGAAGAAGAAGAGGCUGGUAAUGUGAAAAAGGAAAAUCCAAGAAAACGUGGUGGGCCAAGCAACGAUCCUUAUAUUGAGCACCCAGAUGAUGUAGAUGAAGAGACGAAGAGCAAGCAUGUGGUGUCUAGGGACAACUUUGAUCACUUUGGUGUUAUGCAAACACGGCCUCAAGCUCAUAGCUACACAUUUCAGAGCUCCAGUGUCUCUUAUGGUGGUACUAAUGGUGCAUAUUAUACUUCUUCCAAGGCAAGAAGGAUGGGGAGUGAUGGGGUUACUUUUGAAGAAAGCAAGGAAGCAGAUACUUCUUCUGGGAAAGCCACACACAGAAUAUCUAAGGGGCUCCACAAUAAGGGCCAUUCAAUUGCUAGGAAGCUCAAAACAGAUGGUAAAGUUGAUACAAUGCAGACUUUGCAUAACCUUAAUGAAGAUGAGCUUUCUGGUUUUGAACAAGCAUGGAAGGGAGCUGCUCAAAAGCAUAUGCCUGGAUUGAAUGAUCAGUUUGCGAGUUAUGAAACUCUUGGAGCUGGUGGCAGCAGACAUGGACAGGCCGGUCGGGGAGGUACUCUUCCUAGCAACGAACUUCUACAGAACACUGGAAACAUGAUAGCAGGUACUCUAGGUGAAGCAGUAUCUUCUCGUAAUAUGAGAGUAGAUGGUAGAGACAGGAGUAAUUCUUCCCGUGGGAGAGCCAAAGAUUAAAGCUAGGACUGUGGAGCUCAUUGUGUUGUUCUUUUUGGUCGUCUUAGAAAUAGGGUGUCUGGUAGAAGGCUGUCAGUUGUUAGUAAGACGCGUACUGUUUAGUCUCUAUCUGUUUCCAUCUGAGCUUGACAAUGCUGUAGUCAUAUGUCAAUUGGAUGCCUGCCUAGUACUCCUAUGUCCAAUGGGUUCCGAACUGACGGAUAAUGUUAAAUUCUGUGGUUAACCUAAAUCAUGUUGGCCUUUUAAUUGCAUAUAUCUAAGAUAAGCUAUCAUCUUUUGUAAUGUAAUGACCUCUCAUCAUAAGAGAAAAUAAUGUAAUCGUUUAUCUGUAACUUCUCAAAU